UUCCCAGCAUCAUCGAGGAAAAACUCCAACCCCAGUAGUGCACUCAAAAAGUCAGAAUCCAGUGUCAGCAAUAAGUCAAAGGGAGGCAAACACUCCAAAGGUCAUAGUGAGGAUACAACUCACAUCCGCGUGGUAGAACUGGAGCAUGACAUCACGGGAUCCCUGGGGCUGAGUAUUGCGGGGGGCAUCGGUAGCUCUAUCGGGGACUCAGCUGUCAUCAUUGCCAAUAUGUCACCCGCUGGACCGGCAGCAAAGUCAGGAAAACUCAAGAUUGGAGACAAGAUCCUGAGCAUUAACGACAUACAGCUGGACGGCAUGUCUCAUGAUGAGGUGGUCCAGUUACUGAAGAAACCUGGAACCAUAAAACUAGCAGUCUCGCAAGGAGAGGACACAAGAGUAAGUGUCAGUGGUCGUACGUCGCGGCAGGUCAGUACCGACAUGUCACAGGAGUAUGCUGAACUUAUGGCGCAGGACAACGUGUUCCAAGAAGCCAUGGCUCCUGAUGAAGGACCCCCACCUCAGUGUAAGACCCUCCAUCUGAACAAAGGACCAGACGGCCUGGGUUUCUCCAUCGUAGGAGGACACGGCAGUCCUCACGGGGAUCUUCCAAUCUACGUCAAAAACGUCUUCGCUAAGGGAGCUGCUGCCGAUGAGGGCAGUCUGAAGCGAGGCGACCAGAUUAUCUCAGUGAACGGACAGAGCCUUGAGGGCUGCACGCACGACGAAGCAGUGUCCAUCCUCAAAAACGCCAGAGGUGCUGUUACAAUGACUGUGUUGACUUCAUAGAGAAAACACUCCAACUAGUGACAGAGGAAAUUCUGGUGUUCAAAACUGGAAACUUUUUUAUGCAAGAAACUAGGAAUAGUAGAACUGAAAUUAUUUUAUCUUAUAUUUGUAUAUAUGGUCAAUGAAGAAACAAGAUAAUUUUAGAAACUCUCUAGCUUUCCAUUUUGAUGUCAGUAAUUGCAUGUUUUUCUUUUUAAGUCAACAGUGAUAUUUAUAAUCUUAAUUUUUAUUCUAUUGUAUAAACAUUAUGUUGAUAUGUAUUACUUAGAUUUUAUAUUAUACCAAUUACAGAAUGUACACAUUUUGAAGUGUUUAAUAUAUUAACUACCAGUUUCUGUUUGUCACUUUGCUCUAUCAUCUGAUAUCACAUUAUGCUAUAUAAUCUACAUUUAUAAACAAGAAUGUGUUAAUUCAUCUUUUCUGUAUAUUUUAGCACAUUGUUUUGAAGCAAUUCUUACCAAAAGAAGUGCACAUAAUUUUGUAUUAUUAUUAUUAAAAAAAAUUGCAAUUAAGAAUACUUUGUUGUUAAUAUUAUUGAAGGAGGUGGCAUUAUAGUUGAAUGCCACUACAUGUAUAAUACUAAAAUAUGUUUCAAUUAGGUUCAAGUUUUGUAAACAAUACUUUUCUCUCUCAGAUGAUGUUUAUUUGGAGAAAUUAGGAAGAGACAAUAUAUCACAAACUGAAAUGUAUACACAUGAUAUGCAGAGCAUACUUUUAAGAGGUUUUGAAUAUAGUUUUCAAUUCAUCAAAUUUGUUUUGAAAUGAAUUUUAGGAAGGCAUGUAUAAAAAUCUCAUAAAUACAGAAAACAGAGCAGAUUUGAAAAUUGAAUUUUUAUUUUACACCCUUUACAUGUAAUGACAACUUGGUAGCUUUAUAUGGAAUAGUUAAAGGUAUUUUUUUUAAUACUUAACUUUUUUAAUUCAUGAAAAUUGUGAUCAAAGAAUUGAUUCAUUUCAUGAAUGCUACAUCAUAUAAAAUUUGUGAAUUUAGUGUUGUUGCCAAAUAAUUUGUGCAACCUGUAAAAUGAAUUUCUAGGUCACGUUUUUGGACAAUUUUGUUGAUGCACAUUAUUGACUUUAAUAGUUUAAUUUUUGAAUGUUUUAAUUACUGUUGCUUAAUCAAGGCAUAUUCCAUCAAACCAAAAUGGAGUCAAGAGUGCUAAAUUUGUCACAUAACAAUCACUUAUCAUUUUGUCCUUAUUUUGUUAAAACAUUUGUUAUUUCUUUGGUCCAGAAAUAAAAUACCUGUACAAAUA